GGGCUCUGUUCUUGGUACUUAGGACAAGAGCACUGAGAUUGAGAUUUGAGAGUGCUCUGGACAUCUUCACCAGCUGCAUAGCCACCCUCUUUCCCGGUCGUCCUCCUGUUAUCUUCUUCCUGGCAACCACCCUAUUCUGCCGGCUCUCAUCAAUAAAUUCGCCCAUUCAUGACUUGUUCGGAAAUGUGGAGGUUCUACUACCUGUUCUUGGUACACUUGCCGAUUAGCCUAUCCACCGCAAAUAAUCUUUGGCCUCUCUCGUUGCGCCUGCUAUAAUAAUUCACUAAUCCAACCUCCAUUUCUUGCGGUUAUCAAUUUAGUAUUUUUUUUGCGAAAAAAUAUUAUUAUCUUCAAGCAGUUGGUUUCUGUCAGUCAGUCAGUUCCUAACACAGAGGAACAGCUGCAUGCGUGCAUUGGAUCCCCUCCAGUCUUCCAGCAACCGCAUGCUCCUCAUCGGAUUCUUGAUUCUUGGUCUGAUGGGUGACCAUCUCGCGUUGCUCGUGGACCGGCUGCUGACGGAGUCGACGCUGGAGGCAGCGAUCGGCGGUGGGAAGCAGAUGGUCGAUCUGCAUCCGGAGGCGGUGGCCGUCGAGUACUGCCAUCGCGGCGUAGGCGACGACGGCGGCGGCGGCGGCUCGGCGAGUAAGGUGGUGGAGUGCAGGAUUUGCCAGGAGGAGGACUGGGACUCCAGCAUGGAGGCUCCCUGCGCCUGCUGUGGCAGCCUCAAGUAUGCACACCGGAAAUGCAUUCAGCGUUGGUGCAAUGAGAAAGGCGACACCAUCUGCGAAAUAUGUCUGCAGCAAUUCAGGCCAGGUUAUACUGCCCCGCAGCAGCUCUUCCACUAUGGAAGUAUACCGAUGAACUUCAGAGGGAACUGGGAGAUUGCCCGUCAAGAUCUCAAUGAUGCCCAGAUAAUAACAAUGGUGCCGACAGAGCGUGAUUUCAUGGACAGUUAUGAGGACUACCUUCCUAUUAGGACAAGAAGCAGCACUCUGUGUUGCCGGACAGUCGCCCUAAUUUUCAUGUCACUCCUAGUCCUUCGCCACACUCUUCCUCUCAUGGUCGGUGGAAACGGGGAGUACUCAUUGGCCUUGUUCUCACUUCUGGUGCUGAGGACCGCAGGAAUCCUAUUCCCAAUCUUGGUGAUGGUCAGAGCCUUGGCAAGCUUCCAUCGUCGACGGCGGCAGCAGAUCACUUAACACUGCAGGAAAGACGGGAAACAUAUAUAUCAUCAUCAGAAAGCGAGGAGGAGGAGGAGGAAGAAGAGGACACAGUUACCAAUUCUGCACGAUCAAAUUACUCGCAACCACGCCUCAUACCAGUCUACUGACAUGACCAAGAAACAUGCCUUCCAACCUCCAAUCUGACAGGAAAUUCCAGCGCCUCUGUGGAGCUGACAGAAGCAAGAAUGCUCACAAGAAAAGGACCAAAGAAAUCCAAAAAAAAUGAGUAUAUGAUGACAUAGUAAGAUAGCCUGAAGCCACUCGCUUCUAUGCGCAUAGAGAAGAACGUAGUGGCCCUGUUACUCCUGUACAUAUGAGAAAGUAGCAGACUAACUUGUCACUUGCGAGCUUCUACUGCAGCAAGUUCGGCCUACCCUUGUGUACUCAUCAAGAUAUUAUGUUGCCAAAAGUACUUGCAAAUGGAACGAACUAUGUUUUAGUUUA